AAGUCAACGCCAACGCCAACAUCAACAACCUCCUCAACUACUCUAACUUUUACCAAAAAUUGACGAUGUCAUCCAAACCAUCCUUCAAGUCCCUUCCUCUGCGAAAAGAUGGUCCACCUGGAAACGCCUGGGGUCUUUUCGGCGACAAUGACGAAUGCGGGAUGCUAAACCUCUUGACCCCAAAAAUCAUAGCAAAAGCAGCAUCAGAGAUACGUGACGGCGUUCGGGUUUCUACCGAUUGGCCCCUCAAUCGAAUGUCCCGACCUUGCUUUGGACGUGCACCUUUCAAGCAUGAGAUUACUACCAAAACCCCUCGUGCUGUAAAUGAUGAUACUUUGACAUUUAACACGCAGAGUAGUUCGCAGUGGGACGGGUUUAGACAUUAUGCUUAUCAGAAGGAGAAGCUUUGGUUCAAUGGGAAGAGCCUUGAUGAGCUUUUAUCAUCGGAUGUCAACGGCAUUCAGGCUUGGGUUGACCGAGGUGGUAUUGUCGGACGCGGAGUACUACUCGACUAUGCAUCUUGGGCAGAUAAGAACAACAUCACCUUGACUCCCUUCGAAACCAAGUCAAUUACUGUAGCAACACUAAAAGAAGUUGCCGAAAGCCAAGGAACCACAUUCCAACAAGGCGACAUUCUCUUCAUCCGCACAGGAUGGGUCCGAGCCUAUGACAAGCUCUCCGACGAUGAGUGCAAGACAUUGGCAGAUUACAAAGUCCCCCCAGCACAUGGUAUCGAGUCUUCAGAAGAUACACUCCGAUGGCUUUGGGAGCAAGACUUUGCUGCAGUUGCUGGCGACCAACCUAGUAUGGAGGCAUGGCCGUGUCAGAACACAGAUUACUUUCUGCACGAGUGGCUGUUGGCGGGUUGGGGAAUGCCAAUUGGGGAGUUGUUCGACCUGGAGGCUCUUAGUAAAGAGUGUGAGAAGCGAGGGAGAUGGUCGUUCUUCUUUUCGAGUAUGCCACUCAAGGUUCCCGGAGGCGUGGCUAGUCCACCAAAUGGUGUCGCUAUCUUCUGAUCCACUGUUUAAGCGCGUUGAUAUUGCGCUGAUUAAAGAGCAAAUACUAGCCAAAUUAUAAUGCGGUCGAUUUUGUAUUGGAGCCUAUAAUAAGUCCGUCCAGCUAUUAAUGUUCAUCCAAUCCUG